AUGAGCAAGAAUCUGCUUUCGGUGCCACAGAUCAACAAGGGUGGCGGGUUCCAAGUCGUGUUCGAUGGGUCCAAGAUGCAAGUGAAGCGCAAGAAUUCCACUCAAGUCGUGGCAACAGCGGAUCUCGUCGAUGGACUUUACUGGCUGCGGACUCCUCAACGAUCGGCGAAUGCAGCAACACGCAAUGGGACUAUCGACUUGCAUGCGCGCAUGGGUCAUGCGCCCAUUGAAGUUCUGCGCAAGAUGGUGGCCCACUGGUAUGAUCAAGGACGCCAAGGCACCUCUCAACUCGACUGGUCCAAGUGUGUGUCGCGGUUGCCAGCAAGGAAAGAUGGUCCAAAAACCAUUCCCAACCAACCGUGA